AUGGCCCAGGUACCGUGGGGGGUAUUCUUCGUUGUCGCCGCGGGAUUCUCUUUCUUAACAUCCAGCAUCUCCACAUUUUCCGGUCUAGCUAUCGCCCUCGCUGCCCUCCGAUUCCUUCACGCCUCGUUCCUGUACCCGGAAUAUUUGACUCCAAUCAGGCACAUUCCAACGCCUCCUAACCGAUCAUGGACCAAGGGCAAUACCGACACUUUCGUUGUCGAAACGCCCUUUGGAAAUUUACUCACAUGGGCUCGGUCGGUGCCGAACAACGGGCUACUGCGGUACUAUGUCGUCGGGAAUAUGGAGAGGGUUCUUGUGACGACACCAAAAGCUCUAAGUGAGCUUCUUGUCCAGAAGGCGUACGAGUUCCCAAAGCCCGAGUUUAUGCGGACUUCACUUUCCCGGGUUGCUGGCGACCACGGUAUACUACUUGUAGAAGGGAACGAGCAUAAGAGGCAUCGGAAGAACCUUAUGCCAGCAUUCUCCUACCGCCACAUCAAGGAUCUCUACGCCACCUUUUGGGCUAAAAGCGUGGAAAUGGUGAAAUGCAUCGAAAAAGACCUGCAGAGUCGCAAAAGCGCAGACGAUAAUACCGUGACCGUGCGAAACUGGGCAAGCCGAGCUACGCUGGAUAUCAUCGGGCUCGCGGGCAUGGAUCGUGAUUUUGGAUCCCUCGCAGACCCAGGCAACGAGCUUGCAGCGCAGUACCACCGCAUCCUUGAGGACCCGCCGCUCUGGGUGAAGCUCCUAUUUGCCGCUGCGUUCGUCGUAGGAAACAUAAAGAUCCUCCGGGUGCUGCCCAUAAAACGCAAUAGGGACAUAGUUGAAGGGGCUAGAUAUGUCCGACAGGUCGCACAGCAGCUCAUUAAUGAGAAGCGAGAGCGACUCAAGCACAAGCCGGACGAAUCGGACAGUGCACACUCAAAGGAUAUCCUCUCGGUGGCUGUAAACAGCGGCAACUUCACCGAUCUGGAGCUCGUCGACCAAAUGAUGACCUUCCUUGCAGCCGGGCACGAAACGACUUCAACUGCGCUACAGUGGUCCAUCUAUGCUCUCUGCAAACAUCCAGACGUUCAGACACGGCUCCGCGAGGAAAUCCGCUCUACCCUGCCCCCUAUCUCUCCGGAGAAACCUGAACCCAUCACAGCAGCAACUCUAGACUCCCUCCCAUACCUGCACGCCUUCUGCAACGAAGUCCUCCGCUUUUAUCCAUCCGUUCCGAUAACAUUCCGCACCACAGCACAGGACACCACGCUCUGCGGCACCCUCAUCCCGAAGGGGACACCGUUAACGAUCUCCCCCGAAGUCAUCAACCACGACCCAGAUUUCUGGGGUCCAGAUGCACACGUAUUCAAUCCAGAGCGGUGGCUGGGCCCUGGACGGGCUAACACGGGUGGAGCUAGUAGUAACUACGCGCUCAUGACCUUUUUGCACGGCCCGCGAAGCUGCAUUGGGCAGGGCUUUGCGAAGGCAGAGCUGGCUUGUCUUGUUGCUGCGAUGGUGGGCAGGUUUCGAAUGGAGUUGGCGGAUCCGGAAAAGGAGCUUGUUAUCAAACGCAGUGUGACUGCGUCACCUAUGGAUGGUGUGGUUGCGAGGUUUACACCAUUGGAGGGGUGGUAG